AUGUAUGAGGCUCGACGUCGACGUUCCGAGUGGCCCGAUAGCGUACGCUAUGAUCCCGAAGCACAGGAAAUAGAUGAAGAGAAUGGAGAGUGGAUUCUAUGUCGUACCUGUGCUGCUUAUUUUGAGCGGACGCAUAAAGGACGUAAACCUAAUGAUGCAAGAGGUUUCAAGGUCAAAAUGAAUGGAAAAUACCAAGAGGCAGCGUGGGUGAUGCAUAAAAAUCGUGUUGUGGCUCAUCGAGCGACUAUAAAGACAAUUGAGCAGGAGCAAAGACGACGAGAAAGUAAAGUAGAGAUAGAACCACGACGGAUACUGCGAAAGAGACUGCGAGUCUUGUGUAGUAAAGAAAAAGACGAGAAGGAGAUAGUUGAUGGAGAGAAGGGAGUGGAGAGAGGAAGGAACAUGUCAAAAUUGCGGACGACUUUCGUUCACUUGCCAACAGGUGGGUGGCGAUGUCCAGGCAUUGUGCCGGAUGAUUUCUACCGUGACCAUGUCGAGCUCGUGCAUGCUUUUGCAAAGUAUUAUGUGGGAACAUAUCGCGCUAAUAUCGUGCGAGAUAUGCGAUCGGAUAAAGUCAUGUUGUUUUCACAUGAUUGUGAAAAUCAAGUUGUGCAUCGUGAUAUGCUGGGUGUGCCAGAUGCUUGUGAGCGAUGCUAUUCGAUGUGGCUGCAUAACGAUAGUUUUAAGCGAGUUCUCAAGAACAUGGACCGGUAUACACUCGUCGAAGAUAUCCUGCGGCAUUCGUGGAGCUUGACGACAGAGGAAGUGAUAGUUUUAUCCAAGUUCAACGACUCUAGUGAUACGAAUCUCAAUCUUGAAGGCCGGAAGUUGAAACAAGCUGCCAUAACAGCAGUCCAGCACUUUGGUGCAUUUUCCAAGAGUCUUUCGCAAUGA